AGAUGGAGCUUUGAGGCUAGGUCUCCUAGCUGGGACAUUCUGAGUGUCCUGUUUCCAUGGUGCUCGUAACAGGGUAGAAGUGGAAUGUUACUAGUUGCCAUGUUCCAUCAACCAACCCCCUUCCUAUGGAAAGCCCGAAGGCUGAGGUUGCUAGAUGCUUGGCAGGGGGUAGAGAAGUGUGGCUAGCCUGUGGAUCUGUGCAGUCAUGCCUAGUGGGUGAAGGGCGCUGGAAAAGGGCCGUUCUGAGGACUCUGCCCCUGCUCCAGGGCCGAUCAGCCCCAAUGGAAGGCUGGUCAUGAUUUCAAGGACCUUCAUUCUAUCACCAGCUGGCACCUGGUAUCCAGCCUCCUGACCACCCGCCAUGUCUCUGGGCACCUCUCUGUACCAUCUAGGAGGGAAUGCUGAGCCGAUCUCCUGCUCAAGCGGCUUCCAGUGGCUCCGUUAGCGCUCUGUGAACUCUGUGACUAACUCAAAAGAAGAGUUUGAUGCUAGAAUCAUUACCAGAUCUGGCUCACCUCUCCUUGUAGGCUGGGGUUCUCAGCUGAACCCAGUCCUUUGUUCUCCAUCUUCUCCCCACUCCUCCGUAUAGCUUGAAGCUUUCUGGUCCAAGAACCAUUCCUUGACCCCAGGUGGUGCUUAACAUCCAGGAAGCCAAAGAUCACAAGAAUCAAAGUGGACUUGAACUUCCCUGCCUGGGCUCCUAGAGCUCUGUCCCCGGCCUGAUCUUGGACCUCUGUGAGCUUGCGGAAUAUCCACCUGACCACCAGCUGGGGACACACUGAGAGGAGGGGAGAUACUCCAGCAUCUAGCAGAGGGGCGUGGCUCACAGAAGUACACCCCCAUCCUGAAAUGAGAGCCUAUUCUUUCAACAUCUAUUGGUCCAGGCUUGGACCCACUCAUCCACCCACCUAGCAGGUGCAGAGCCAGUGCCACAGCCUCUUCAGAGGAGCCUCUCAAGCCCAAGCAGUAGCUGGUGUUAGGCACCAUCUUGUAGCCCUGGAAGUCGCUGCCACCGCCACCCGCUGCACCAACGUCCGUCAGCCUGACAGAGUUAGAUAUGACUCCCGUGCACCCAGAAAACGAGGAGAUGGCCACCAAGGAGAAGCUUCAAUGUCUGAAAGACUUCCACAAAGACAUCCUGAAGCCUUCUCCAGGGAAGAGCCCAGGCACGCGGCCUGAGGAUGAGGCUGAUGGGAAGCCCCCUCAGAGGGAGAAGUGGUCCAGCAAGAUCGACUUUGUGCUGUCUGUGGCCGGAGGCUUCGUGGGUUUGGGCAAUGUCUGGCGUUUCCCGUACCUCUGCUACAAAAAUGGUGGAGGUGCAUUCCUCAUACCGUAUUUUAUUUUCCUGUUUGGGAGCGGCCUGCCUGUGUUUUUCCUGGAGGUCAUCAUAGGCCAGUACACCUCAGAAGGGGGCAUCACCUGCUGGGAGAAGAUCUGCCCCUUGUUCUCUGGCAUUGGCUACGCGUCCAUCGUCAUCGUGUCCCUCCUGAAUGUGUACUACAUCGUCAUCCUGGCCUGGGCCACAUACUACCUAUUCCAGUCUUUCCAGAAGGAUCUUCCCUGGGCCCACUGCAACCAUAGCUGGAACACGCCACAGUGCAUGGAGGACACCCUGCGUAGGAACGAGAGUCACUGGGUCUCCCUUAGCGCCGCCAACUUCACUUCGCCUGUGAUCGAGUUCUGGGAGCGCAACGUGCUCAGCCUGUCCUCCGGAAUCGACCACCCAGGCAGUCUGAAAUGGGACCUCGCGCUCUGCCUCCUCUUAGUCUGGCUCGUCUGUUUUUUCUGCAUCUGGAAGGGUGUUCGGUCCACAGGCAAGGUUGUCUACUUCACUGCUACUUUCCCGUUUGCCAUGCUUCUGGUGCUGCUGGUCCGUGGACUGACCCUGCCAGGUGCUGGUGAAGGCAUCAAAUUCUACCUGUACCCUAACAUCAGCCGCCUUGAGGACCCACAGGUGUGGAUCGACGCUGGAACUCAGAUAUUCUUUUCCUACGCUAUCUGCCUGGGGGCCAUGACCUCACUGGGAAGCUAUAACAAGUACAAGUAUAACUCGUACAGGGACUGUAUGCUGCUGGGAUGCCUGAACAGUGGUACCAGUUUUGUGUCUGGCUUCGCAAUUUUUUCCAUCCUGGGCUUCAUGGCACAAGAGCAAGGGGUGGACAUUGCUGAUGUGGCUGAGUCAGGUCCUGGCUUGGCCUUCAUUGCCUACCCAAAAGCUGUGACCAUGAUGCCGCUGCCCACCUUUUGGUCCAUUCUGUUUUUUAUUAUGCUCCUCUUGCUUGGACUGGACAGCCAGUUUGUUGAAGUCGAAGGACAGAUCACAUCCUUGGUUGAUCUUUACCCGUCCUUCCUAAGGAAGGGUUAUCGUCGGGAAAUCUUCAUUGCCAUCGUGUGCAGCAUCAGCUACCUGCUGGGGCUGACGAUGGUGACGGAGGGUGGCAUGUAUGUGUUUCAACUCUUUGACUACUAUGCAGCUAGUGGUGUAUGCCUUUUGUGGGUCGCAUUCUUUGAAUGUUUUGUUAUUGCCUGGAUAUAUGGCGGUGAUAACUUAUAUGACGGUAUUGAGGACAUGAUCGGCUAUCGGCCUGGACCCUGGAUGAAGUACAGCUGGGCUGUCAUCACUCCAGCUCUCUGUGUUGGAUGUUUCAUCUUCUCUCUCGUCAAGUAUGUACCCCUGACCUACAACAAAGUCUACCGGUACCCUGAUUGGGCAAUCGGGCUGGGCUGGGGCCUGGCCCUUUCCUCCAUGGUGUGUAUCCCCUUGGUCAUUGUCAUCCUCCUCUGCCGGACGGAGGGACCGCUCCGCGUGAGAAUCAAAUACCUGAUAACCCCCAGGGAGCCCAACCGCUGGGCUGUGGAGCGUGAAGGGGCUACGCCCUUUCACUCCAGAGCAACCCUCAUGAACGGUGCACUCAUGAAACCCAGUCACGUCAUUGUGGAGACCAUGAUGUGAGGUCCGGGCUGUGUGACCGGCGCCGCUUUCCUGCCGUUUACUAACCUUAGAUUCUCCUAGGACCAGGUUUACAGAGCUUUAUAUUUGUACUAGGAUUUUUUUUUUAAUUGUCACAGAAAAUGUUACUCUGUGUGUGUGUGUGUGUGUGUGUGUGUGUGUGUGUGUGUGUGUUUCGUGUGUGUCUGUAUAUGUGUAUUUUGUUUUGUUUGGGGGAUUAUUUUGUACAAAAAGAAAACCCAUGGGCCUAUGUCCUGGGGGGAGAGGAUGGACUUUCAUAUUGAUUUUGAUGUAUUUUAUGGGAACUUGGUAAAUUUUUCUUUGUAUUUUUUUAACAUAUAACUAUAUAUAGAGUCUGUCAUACACUUUGCCACUUGAAUUGGUCUUGCCAGCAACGGAUCUCGUUUUUUGUUUUUUGUUUUUUUUUCAAAAGCAAUUCUUCGGUGCUUACAUAGCUGGCAGAGAGUUCUGCCCAAAAACAAAUGAAAAAGAGGAAAAAAAAUAAUACUAAAUGCUGGGUGGAAUUUUCCUAUGAUGGUGGAUAUAUCUUCAAGAAAGGUGUAGUCCCUUCUGAGCUGGUUCAGGAGGAAGGACACAGCUGAGAAGAGGGAGCCCCGACUAGCUGAACAGACUUGAGGGGCAGGAGAGAGCAGGGCCGUGGGGAGACCCCUCACUCUUUCUCAGUCAACAAGAAAGAUGCCAAAAUAAUGACCCACCCUCAGCAUGAAGGACUGAUCUGAGAGCAACUGAAGUGGUUGUACCAGGGCCAAAUGCCUGCCCUUUUACUUUGAAAUAAUGGGUAGGUAGUCAGUGGGAGUGUCUGAACCACCGUGGGUAUUAGAGACAGAAAUGGGACGUCUGAAUGUCGGGUGAGAAUGGGGCUCGGGUCUGGGACACUCUACAGGCAUCGGCAGAAACCAUGUCCUUUCUUGAGUACUCAGUAUGGUUUGCCUGAAGCCAGUUCAAGGAGCCUAUGGGGCUUCAGAGUGGGGAUCACACUCAGGAAGUGUGUGCCGUAUUUGAGUGGAGUCAUGAUAGGUGGUGACCAGAGCAUUCCCCAAGCAGAAUGUAUCUUGGUGAGGACCAGGGGGAGAGGCCAGUGGACCAAAUGAUAUUAGCAGCUCAGGAGGGUGAGUGUAACCCAGACUGGCAAGUGUACCUCAUAAGGAUACUUUUCUUCCUUGCCUCUUGACAAACUCUUGUUAAAGAUCUUACCCCAGAACCAUCUAGUUCCCAACAAGGAAUGCUCCAAGUGGCUGUAGACACAGGAUCUUAACGGAUCUGAGUUCAAUUACAGAGCCAACUUAGUAGUGACCUCAGAUGAUUCCAAGCCACUGCAUUGGCUGUUGGACAGGUGUUGGCCCCCGGGGAACUGCAGAGAGAGGACAAAGGGAAGUUUUGUAGGUUGAAGCUGUCCCCACAGAGAUGAGGUCAAUACUCUAGAGCUGCCCAAUGUCAGACAGGGCUGUUUCCUUCUGAACCAGGAGAGGGCGCUACACCUUCACCCCAGCCUCCACUGGGCCCAACUGUGCCAUCCUGAACUUCUUUGACAAAUGUACACAUUUUUCUGUCUCCAAAGCAAUGUACUCUGCCAAGUGACCCUCUAAUCCUCUUCCAGUGGCUGUUGACUCAGCCACCCAUGAUUGUACCGUGUUCCUGUUGUCCUGUGUAUUUCUGGUUGCGCUUGUGUUAUUUUGAGUGUUGGAGUUUCUCCUUCCCUGAUUUUACCGACUUGUAAUGUACCCUGUUUUCUUUUGUUCUAUGGAACCUUAAAAGUAACCACUGUGGGUGAUUGAAAGAUAGGUGAAGUGUAAGGGAGAGGGGGCUCGUCCAGCUGUGGCAACAUCUGUGGUCAUGCCCGUCUACCCUACCGCCAACCCCUAUCGGGCACGCCCCUCUGGCGAGCCUUCAGUAUUUUGGGUUGGCAGACAAAUGACACCAUUCUGGAAAUGGCCUGAGAAUGGCCUUUUUAAUCAUUCCCAGAUCAAAUUCUAGACCAAAGACACAGCGGGCCAAGUCCCCAGGCACUGCCUGGAUGGAAGGCCAGCCACCUCCACAGCCCACUCCCUGACAGUGUCCCCUCACCUGUCUUCAAUACUCACCACUCCCACCCAGUCCCUGGCCCUGAUAACUCUUGUCGUGACACUUGUCUUUUCAUGUCUGCAUGUAAGUAACAUUUUGAAGUAGAGCUCGUGACUCUGGUCCACCUGCCUCUUGGAGAGAGGGCUAAGCUGUUGGCCAACCAGCCCUUGCCUGGAACAGGCCAGAUCCUGCCCUGCCUGUCAGAAGUAGACAGGAAGCCAGGAACAUUGCCAGGUUUAGAUGAGGACCUUCAGUGGGCCCAGGAGAACUCUCCUGGGAGAUGUUAUUUGGUCCUAGGAGUUCUGUUAUCUCCCUAGUGGAGGAUCCCUACUGGGCACUGUGGACUGUCCCAGAGGGCCCGAUCCAAGGCACUUUGUAAACAGGAGAAUAGGCCUAGCGUGGGACUUAAACCGUGAGCUAAGUGGAACUGGACAUUUGAGUUCUUUGUAGCUCCAGGCUCUCAAGACAUGGUAGACGGAAGGCAGGGCCAGGGCAUUGUCUAAGUAAACUGUCAAGCCUUCUCUGUCAACCAAAGGCCAGAGCUGAUGAAAGCCCCUGUCCCGUAUUCAUGGAGCAGAGAGCAAUACCCACUUGUGCCCGUCCUUACUGUCCUGCUCACCCCAGCCCCAUGCUACCCUUCCUUCCUUCCUUCCUUCCUUCCUUCCUUCCUUCCUUCCUUCCUUCCUUCCUCCUUUGAAGCCUUCGGGAACUAGGAAUUGAUACACCCUCCCCUCAAAUUGUACCACAGGAAACUGAGGGCCAAAGACACUGCUAAUGUGAAGAGCCUUAGCCAGGGUGUAUGGGCAGGCCUUUGACCUCCAUGUAGCCCAAGGCUAUGCAGGAAGUAGCCUGAGAGGAAAGCUGUGCAGACCAUGGCAAAGCAUGAGGAGAAAGCAGCAUGUGCCCCCUCCGCACAGGAAGGGGCUUUCUCUAUCACAGGGUGUCACUACCAUGGCCGACAGCAUUCCAGCCCCGCCCCUCUGGACGGGGCAAUGCUCUAGCAAGCAGUCGAACAGGUGCCAGCCCAGUUUCUCUCUCCAAGAUGCAGACGUAAGCCAGGAAGGCACCUUAGAGAAGGCCCCUCACAGUCCCACUGGAACCUGAUACCCCUGUCCCUAUGGACACUGUAAAUACCUCUGUGUGCACACCCCUCCUUCAUCAAGUCCCAAACCACACACACAACAAAGCCCAGAUACUCCAAGAUGGAGAGGGCCGUCCCAGAAGCCAGAGCAGUGCUCCCUACCCUCCUCCUCCAUGCUGAUCUCCCAAGAGUCAGGCCUUCACAGGAAACUGGCUGUCUGUGUUCUCUGGGAGGAGGAGGAAGAGGAGGAAGAAGAGGAGGAAGAGGAGGAGGAGGAGGAGGAAGAAGAGGAGGAGGAGGAGGAAGAAGAGGAGGAGGAGGAGGAGGGGUGGUGGUGGUGUCAUUGCAGGCAUGUUCUGGCAUGUUCCCCGAAGGACAGAGCAUCUUGUUAGAUAUUUGGCUUCAAAAUGAGAUGGUAGUUACAUUUCUUUUAAACCAAUUUUUCCAAUCCCUAACAACUGUGACUGUAUUUAGCACAAGAGAAAAGCUGAGAACGUGGGUUUUGCCUCCUUCAGAAAUAUGUCUGGCUCAUCAGGACAUUUUUUAAAAACUUCAAAAUAUUUUUAAAAUAUUUUAAACUUUUGUAAAAAACAAAAAACAAAAAAACAAAUGCACACGCACACACACACACACAAAAACCUGAAACCAACCAAGAAGGGGAGGAGCGUUUGUGUUUGAAGGAUCCUUGGUGUGUGACCUGUCUUGCAGUAUACAAGCUCUGUGUAUGUUUAAUUACGGCGACCCCGCAUUUUGCAGGGUUUCGGUUUUUUUUUUUCUCUUUUGCUUUUUAGAUGAAUAUGUAUAUUGAUAUUUUAAAUCCAUCUUUGCUUUUUUUAGAGGAGUUUAUAAUCACCUUGUAACACAACAAUAAACAUUUCCUUUUUAAAAUUCA